AUGGUUAGCUAUUAUUCGUAUUAUAACUAUUGGUACCUAUUGUCUACAGGAGAGCGGCGGAUUCUGCACAAUGUUUCGGGUGAGUUCCGGUCCGGAGAACUAACAUGCAUCCUCGGCCCAUCAGGCGCUGGGAAAUCUACGCUACUAAAUAUACUGGCUGGAUAUACAUCAAACGGGGUAAAUGGAAGAAUCACAGUGAAUGGUCAUGCACGAGACAUGCGUGUGUUUAAAAAACUAAGCAGCUACAUAAUGCAAGAUGAUUUACUACAGCCACGACUCACCGUCAACGAAAGCAUGAUGAUAGCUGCCGAACUCAAGCUGGGGCAGGAACUAAGUAAAUCUGAAAAAGAACUUGUUGUGAGUUUGUUUUAU